AUACAAAGUCACUGCUCAAAACUAAACCUAGACUCUCUCCAACCCAUGAACGAAAAUGAACCAAGUUUUUACAUUAAAAUGGCAGAUGCAGAAGUAGCAGCAUACUGUAGAGAGUAGAGUUGGGAAAAAAAACGGGGGAGCGAGAGACCCCAACCGGUUUUCAUUCUCAAAUAACAGUCUGCUUCCCCUCCUGCUUCAAAGCAAUCACAACAGAAUUGAAGCAAAUCCCGAAAAACCCCCACCCAAAGAAAACGAUGAAGUUCCAAAUUGAGGAUGUGACGGUGUAUUUCCCGUACGAUCACAUAUAUCCGGAGCAGUAUGCGUACAUGGUGGAGCUGAAGAGAGCCCUGGACGCCAAAGGCCAUUGCCUCCUGGAAAUGCCCACCGGCACUGGUAAGACCAUUGCCCUUCUCUCCCUUAUCACCAGCUACACUCUCUCCAAACCCAACAGCCCUCUCAAGCUCAUCUAUUGCACCCGAACCGUCCACGAGAUGGAGAAGACCCUCGCUGAGCUCAAGCUCCUCCAUGAGUAUCAGCUCCAGCAUCUGGGUCCCCAAGCCCGGAUCCUAGCUCUCGGCCUAUCCUCCCGCAAGAAUCUAUGCGUCAAUCCGCUUGUACUCGCUGCUGAGAAUCGCGAUUCUGUUGACGCUGCCUGUAGGAAGUUGACGGCUAGCUGGGUACGGGCCAUGGCUGCCGAGAAUCCUGAAGUUCCCACCUGUGAGUUCUUUGAACAGUACGAGAGGGCCGGCUCCGGCGCCGUCUUGCCACCUGGGGUUUAUACAUUGCAGGAUUUGAGAGCAUUUGGGAUUGAGAAAGGAUGGUGUCCAUACUUCUUGGCUCGCCAUAUGGUGCAGUUUGCAAAUGUGGUGGUGUAUAGUUACCAGUAUCUGCUCGAUCCUAAAGUGGCCGGGAUUAUUUCCAAGGAAAUGCAGAAGGAGUCUGUUGUGGUGUUUGACGAGGCUCACAACAUUGACAAUGUGUGUAUUGAAGCACUUAGCGUUAGUGUCAGGAGGCAGACACUUGAAGGGGCCAGGAGGAAUCUCAAUAAGAUGCGUCAGGAGAUUGACAGGUUCAAGGCCACUGAUGCUGGUAGAUUGCGUGCAGAAUACAACCGGCUGGUUGAGAGCUUGGCACAAAGAGGAAACCUUCCUAUUGGAGACGCUUGGCUUGCAAAUCCUGCUCUGCCUGAUGAUAUUCUGAGGGAGGCUGUGCCUGGAAAUAUUCGCAAAGCUGAGCAUUUUUUGCAUGUUUUGCGUAGACUUGUCCAAUAUUUGGAAGGGCGUCUAGAGACAGAGAAUGUUGAGAAAGAAAGCCCUGUUGGUUUUGUUGCCUCUAUUAUUACACAUGCUGGAAUUGACCAAAAAGCCCUAAAGUUUUGUUAUGAUCGCCUACACUCACUCAUGUUGACACUGGAGAUUACGGAUACAGAUGAAUUCUUACACAUUCAAACAAUAUGCGAUUUUGCAACGCUUGUGGGGACAUAUGCUCGUGGUUUUUCUAUUAUAAUUGAACCCUUUGAUGAGAGAAUGCCCCAUAUUCCUGACCCUGUUCUGCAGCUUAGUUGUCAUGAUGCUUCUCUUGCAAUAAAGCCUGUAUUUGAGCGAUUUCAGUCGGUAGUGAUUACAUCUGGAACUCUUAGCCCGAUUGAUCUCUACCCCCGUCUUCUCAAUUUCAAUCCAGUUGUCAGUCGAAGUUUUACAAUGUCCUUGACAAGAGAUUGCAUAUGUCCUAUGGUUCUCACUCGUGGAAGUGAUCAACUUCCAGUGAGUACCAAAUUUGAUAUGCGAAGCGACCUUGGUGUGGUAAGGAAUUAUGGAAGACUCUUGCUGGAGAUGGUAUCUGUUGUUCCAGAUGGGGUUGUUUGUUUUUUUGUUAGCUACUCUUAUAUGGAUGGAAUAGUCAAUAGUUGGAAUGAAACAGGAAUUCUAAAGGAUAUAAUGCAGCAUAAGCUUGUCUUCAUUGAGACCCAAGAUGUGGUGGAAACUACUUUGGCUCUUGACAACUAUCGCAAAGCUUGUGAUUGUGGUAGAGGUGCUGUCUUCUUUUCUGUUGCCAGAGGAAAAGUAGCUGAAGGAAUAGACUUUGAUCGGCAUUAUGGACGACUUGUAAUCAUGUUCGGGGUUCCUUUCCAGUACACACUGAGCAAAAUUUUGCUUGCUCGGUUGGAAUACUUACGGGAUACCUUCCAGAUAAAAGAAGGGGAUUUUUUAACUUUUGAUGCUUUGAGACAAGCUGCGCAAUGUGUUGGUCGAGUAAUCCGGUCAAAGGCUGACUAUGGUAUGAUGAUUUUUGCUGACAAAAGGUAUAGCCGUCAUGACAAACGCUCUAAAUUGCCUGGAUGGAUACUGUCACAUUUACGAGAUGCACACCUGAAUUUGAGUACAGACAUGGCACUACAUAUUGCACGGGAGUUUCUAAGAAAAAUGGCUCAACCAUAUGACAAGGCAGGUGGCAAUGGUCGGAGAACGCUGUUAUCCCAGGAGGACUUAGAGAAAUUGGGUGAUCGAAUCAUUGAUGAAAUGUUGCAUUAAGAAUUUGCUGCCUACAAGCAAAUUUCCAAUGAAAAUGCAGUGGGUGAUCUGUUGGUUCAAUUUUUCGGUUCCUGCAGGCUGUACCUAGACAGAGAAACUAAUUUCAAAAUAUAGAUCUUCUUUUGAAUGUGAUGCACCGGCAUCAUGACUUGUAAGAAAAUGAUACUCCCAUUGGUGAAAAAUGGAGAAGUUUAAUGACUUGAUAGAUUUUUUGCAACUUCACACUACUUUUUGUACAAAUUCUGCAAAAUUUUUGUCCCAGAAUUUUCAUAACAGUUUAUAGUGAUAUAAAUAUCGAUCCAUUUUUUUUGUUA